CGAUAUUAGUAUAUCACUAGCCACACAACACCAUUUUCGACAAGUAAAAAACGAAUGAGCAUUGUCUAGAUUUAGACAGGAUUUGAAGUGCUGGUACAAAACUGCCGCUGCUAUGUCUAUGUCAAAAACGACUAACACCUAUAACCGGCAGAACUGGGAGGAUGCGGAAUUCCCGAUUCUGUGCCAAACUUGCCUUGGCGACAAUCCGUACGUGCGGAUGAUUAAAGAGCGAUUCGGCAAGGAAUGCAAGAUAUGCACGCGUCCAUUCACAAUAUUUCGAUGGUGUCCUGGUGCUCGUAUGCGCUUCAAAAAGACUGAGAUAUGCCAAACGUGUGCGCGCCUGAAGAACGUGUGUCAGACCUGCCUGCUGGACCUGGAGUACGGAUUGCCCAUUCAAGUACGAGAUGCGGCGCUCAAAGUGGCUGACAAUAUGCCACAGAGCGACGUUAACAAGGAAUACUACAUCCAAAACAUAGACGCCCAGCUGCAGGACGGAGAUGGCACGGAGGCGGCAGGAGCUGUCGGUCGAUCCCUCGCCGCCAACGAGAUGUUGUCCAAGCUUGCGCGCACAGCGCCCUACUACAAACGAAACAGGCCGCACAUCUGCUCCUUUUGGGUUAAGGGCGAGUGCAAGCGUGGAGAGGAGUGCCCCUACCGCCACGACAAGCCCAACGAGCCGGACGAUCCGCUAUGUGAGCAAAACAUUAAGGACAGGUACUACGGACGCAACGACCCAGUGGCCGAGAAGAUCAUGAAGCGUGCAGCCUCGCUUCCCACACUCGAGCCCCCGGAGGACCGCAAUAUCACAACUCUCUAUGUGGGGAACCUUCCCGAAGAGAUCACGGAACCCGAGCUGCGAGAUCAGUUCUACCAGUUCGGCGAAAUUCGAUCUAUUGCGCUGGUGCCACGCCAGCAGUGCGCUUUUGUGCAAUACACCAAAAGAAACGCUGCCGAGCUGGCUGCUGAGCGGACCUUUAACAAACUGGUGAUCCAGGGCCGAAAGGUGAGCAUAAAGUGGGCUCACUCUCAGGCAAAGCAGGGCACCGCUGCAAAGACAGACAGACGCUUCGACUUGGCCGGCAUUCCUCCUCCAAGCGCGAAGCCUAACGACUACUUCAAUCUUCGCCAAGAGCAAAUUAAUGUAAUGCCCGCCGGCAUGAAGCUGCAUCAGUUGCCAUCCAAUCUAGUUCCGGCGUCGGCUUACCAAAUGUACGGGCAGCCUACUUAUGCAGCGCCCUACGGAAACGCCAGUUCCACAGCCGCUUCUUCCUCGGGUGUCAGUCUGGACUCCAUAUCGAUUCCUCCGCCACCGGGUCAAGUACCUUAUCCAAGUCAGGACGCCAGUCGAAUGGGAGCUGUUAAGAAGUAGGAAAACCCCGUGGUCUACAAUGGUUCCAAUUAAAUAAAUCCUUUUUAUAAAAUUAAA